CUCACAAGAGGUUUCACUAGCAGCCAGAGGCCACACAUCCCUCAGAGACUUUCUAGCUGGUCAUCAAUGAGUGCUUUUCUGAGUCUGGACUGGGAAUUAUCUGAGGAGGGCUACACCUGCCAGGAGAAUUUCCAGACAUUUCAGUUAAGUCUUAAAAUUGCCUCAGAUGAAAGAGAGAACCUUGAUCAAAAGAAGAAUGGUCUGAUUGACAGGUCAGUUUCACAAUAAAGCCAAACCUGAAAAAGAAGCAACGCAGACUCUUUCCAUGACCAGAAGAAUGAGCACUGAGAGACCUUCCAACUUCAUCAAACACCCAGGGCAGACAAGCAUUCCAUCCCUUGAAAACAUAAGUGAUUUUUCAUUAAAUAUCACUGACUGCACCCAGGUUGUGGUGCCAGAGGAAGUUUUUUUCACGGUUGCUGCCGCUGGGAUACUGGAAAAUCUACUUAUCCUCAUUGCUGUUGUAAGAAAUAAGAAUUUACACUUGCCCAUGUACUUCUUCAUUUGCAGUUUAGCCAUUUCAGACAUGUUAGGUAGCUUGUACAAAACUCUGGAGAACAUCUUUAUCAUAUUGUGCAAAAUGGGAUACCUGACACGUCACGGAGACUUUGAGAAAAAACUGGACGAUGCCAUGGAUUCCAUGUUCAUUCUGUCUCUGCUGGGGUCUAUUUUCAGCCUGCUAGCUAUUGCAGCAGACAGAUACAUCACUAUCUUCUACGCUUUGCGGUACCACAAUAUCAUGACACUGAGGAGGGCCUUGGUUAUCCUGGCAAUCAUCUGGGCGUUCUGUGCCAGCAGCAGCAUUGCCAUUGCCCUCUUCUCCUACGAAGCAGCAACAGUCAUUCCCUUCACCAUCCUGUUCCCUUUGAUGAUGUUUUUCAUACUCUGCCUCUACGUCCACAUGUUCCUCCUGGCUCGAUCUCAUGCCAAAAAGAUCGCCUCACUGCCCAGCAGCACCAUCCAUCACAGAACUAACAUGAAAGGUGCAAUCACGCUGACUGUUUUUCUUGGAGUUUUCCUUUGUUGUUGGGCCCCCUUUGUUCUUCACAUCCUCUUAGCAAGGUUUUGCCCACACAACCCUUACUGUGCCUGCUACAUGUCCAUUUUCCAUGUGAAUGGGACACUUAUCAUGUGCAACGCCAUCAUCAACCCUAUGAUUUUUGCAUUCCGAAGCCCAGAAUUGCGGAACACAUUUAAGAAGAUGUUCUACUGUUCCAGGUCAAACUGCAGCUGGUGAACACUUCAUCAAAAAUGAAAAUUAUAGAAGCAUUUAUGGGGUGUUGUGCAACAUCAGUGUGAAGAGUUAAAAAUACCAACAAUUUCACCCAAAAUAAUGUUAUGCUUGUAGUAUACUGCCAGAGAUUUUUCAGAGUUACCAAAGACUGAAUAAAAAAUAAGUAAGCACAAAUCUUUGUCAACCAGAUCUCCACACUAAGCUAAUUCUGCUCAUAAUUUUCAUGCAAGGGGAAAAAACUAAACAAAUAUCUUAAUUAUCUUUUGUCAUUUCAGAAAAAUUCAAACUAAAAUCUGCAUCAUGUUGCAUUACCUCAGAUAUGAGCAAAUUCAUUUUGUAUCAGUAAUAUCAAUUCAAUACAUAUACUACUUUAAAAUUCUGUUGUUUAAAUUGCAAUGAAGUGAAUAUUUGUUUCUAAACCAUGCAUUUGUAUAAAAGUAUAUGGUUAAGUAGAAAACAUGAACAUGUAAUUUUGCUGUAAAAGCAAACUCAAGACUCUUCUUUAUCAUCUAAUCUCAAAAAUCAUAAAUAUAAUAAAUAUUUAAUCAUAAAAUCAUGCAAUUAGUGAUCUCUAAGUUUCAAAAGCAACUCUUGGAGUGUAAGUCCAAAAGAAUAAGAUAUUUUGACUGAAAUGCUAUUUUUAGUCACUGAAGUGUUAUUUCCAACAUAAAGUUGUCGUGCCAGCAAAGACGGGUUUUGAAUUUUAAAACUCCUAAGCCAGGUCUGGACUAGCAAAGGGAAUUGCUGAGCUUGUCAGUGCCAGUUCUCUUCAAUAAAAUAAUAAGGUCCUCAGAUAGGAAAAGCACUUUGAUUCAACCAUGGUAUGCUACAACAAAGAAUUCAAAAAACAUAACACCAGAGAUAAAAUUCAAACACUUCCAAGGAAGUCAGCCACCCAGGUAAGGAAGCAACCAUCCAGUCUGGCAGGAUGCUACAAAGCAGGUUGUAAUUUAGAAACCCUUGCUUUGUAAAAUUUUGAAUUGUUCCUGCCAAAAUAAAACAGAGCUCGCAAAACUUUAAGGCAGAAUGGCUUUCAGCAGCAAAACAUCCUGAAGUAGUCCAGAGCAUAUGGUGAGGACUUAACCUCACAGUAAUUCAAGGAAGUCAUUCAGCGGUGCCACAGAGAAGCAGUGAGAGAAUUUCAAGAGUAUGGAAUAUGGAUAACCCAUACAAAUUCAGGUUAUCUUGGGUUCAAUAAAGGACAAUAAACCUGAAAACCUCUACAGACCUACAAAUUCAAUUAGAAAAGAGAUACUAAAAUGAAAAUUUUUCAAACCUCUGCAUUUAUUGCAAAAAAAAGGCUCAUCUAUAAAAUAAAAGUUUAGAAGGGAGCUCAGAUAUAAUAGUGUAUUUUAUUUUAAUAAGAAUUUUUUUCAUUUCCAUCAAAUAGCAAAACAAAUGUAAAGCUGCACAGCAAGAAACAACUGUUAGAAUUGGGGGAAAAAUAAAAGAAACAUACAAUGCUAAAGAAAAGGAAAAACAAAACCUCUACAGUACUGCAGUGCGCUGUGCUCAAAAAUAAUGAAUUUUAAAAUGAUGAAAAAUAUUGGAAAGAAAAUUGUGAUUAAGGCAGAGCUUAUAUUAACUCUGUAAUGCAUGAAUUAUCAGCCAAAUGUUCUUUCCCUCCAAACAUUAUUUUCCAUCUGCUUCCCUAAAGCAGACAUAGGUAGGAGAGAUAAGUAGCUUCCACCAUGUUAGAAGUCAGUGCAUCCCAUAAGGAAAACUAACUCGACACAUGUAAAGACUCCACAUUUACAAUGAGCUGUCCAAAUGUAAAUUAUUCUUAUAAUAAAAUUAUCCGUACCUCAUAACACCUAAACAUGGAGAAAUAAUCAUUAAAGAAAACCAAACUUUUAGCCCCACAAUGAGGAACACUCGAGAGAGACUCAUGUCAAAAUAAAAAAUUCAGCAGUAAAAAAUAUUAUUGAAAUUCUAUAAAAAGUCCUUUGACAAGGACUCUUCUCAUGGAGAUGCUGGCAGUGAGGGCUUGGAAAGGUACCCUUGUGAAAGCGGGGGAUGGACAAGGUCAUGGCUACAGCAGACCUUGGGUGGUGCCACUAGCUACUGCAUUCUUCCACCACACCAGCCAAUGGCAGCUCAGGGUAGGUGUGGUUAGACCUGGCUGCCUUCAGCCCCUAUCUGACUCCCCUCACCUGCAGAAAAGUUUCAGGAACUGAAACAGGUGCCAGCCUCCCUUUGCAGCAUUCCCAGGUUGAAAGAAAGGGGAAAGAGGCAGUGGACACUCACAGACCCCAGCUCCCACCCCUGCACUGCCAUUUUUUUUACUUUGCUUUGCAAUGAGGCCCUGGGCUUCUACCUCGCCAAACAAAAUCCAUCCCAUGGACACACCUUUGAUCAUGUUCCUCUGAGCCCUCUUUCAACGGCAGAGCACACUGUUCUCCAGUAACCCAUCUGCCUACUCUUCCCCAAAUUAUCCCACUGCCUUUCCCAGCACCAUCUUCAAGCCUCCAGCCACCAUUUAUCUGCAAAACACAGAGCAGCUGUGGUUAAGCAGGUUAUGGACCAGUGAGGAUUUUUUUCCACCUAGAUUGUUAAAGCAAGAACAACACCUAGGCAGUAAGAUUUUGGUAGGUUUUAUCCCACAUUGUUUUCUUUGACUUAAAAAUGUUUCUGCAGUCACUGACAUUGAACCUCAGAUUGCCAUGAGAUCCAAGCACUGUCUGGAACUGGUUCCCACCUCAUCUUACCAGAGAUGAAGUGCCUGUUCUCUGUGGCCUACCUGGACUCCUCUGUGGAUGCACUCAAAUCAAUAUCCCAAAACAUCUGUUCCUGUCGUGAUGCCUGAGAAACACCCAAACUUACCAUUCAGGGUAAUGUCUUUAAACUGGAGUAGACACUUGAUGGCUCUCACUGUUAUACUCUGCAUCUAAUACACAGACAACCAGCAAGACUGGGGGAAAAAGGCUGCAAGGUAGACAGGUUGCAAAUCAUGAAAACUGCUUGUUUUUCUCCAUUUUGUGUUAGAGACAACAGGCUUUGCCAUGUUCACUGUGUAAAUUUGUAAUAAGUGAUCCUGUGCAUUUGCAAUACAGCUGAAAUAUGUGUCUACAAUAUUAGAUCUCAAGCUGAGCCUGGGGGUUAUGUAAGGAAUCUAUAUAGAAUUCAAAAUACACGUGUAAACUUUUUUUUCAGUUUGCACUAGUUAUGAUUAAAUGAAGCAUUCUUUUGAAAAUAUUCCCUUCCUGGGAGGAAAGAGUCAGGAAGAACAUAAAAUAUAUUUGAGUAAAAAAGCUUCUAGAAAGAUUUUAAUUUUUUCAGCCUGCCUGCAUUUCUUACAUGCUAGCAGAUGGGUAAAUCUCUAUGCAUUAUCUCCUAAUUGUCUGUAAAUUUUUACUUGCAUUUUAGUUGUCCACUAUCCAAGCAAGUUUGUCUGUCUCACAUACCAAUGUCUCCAUAUGUUUACCUAUGUUGCUUUUUGAACAGAUUCUUUAAGCCACAAUUUUUGAAGCUUUCAUUAUAUUGUGCUGAAGUCACUAUUGAAAUUCUCCCCUGAUAUAUUAACAUGUGAAAAUGAAGAAUUUUCUCAGAUUUUGGAACUUCUCUUCAUCUGCCCAGCUUUAAAUGUUUAGGAGGCAGAAUUGUACAUUAACUUUGGGACAAAAAAAGUUCAUUUUGGAUUCUACCAGAAACUAAUAAGCCUGAAAGGAACAUUCAGUCCUUUGAAGAUCACAGGCAAUGCUACAAUCAAUGUUUCAUUUGGAAGGAUCCACAGAACUUCUCAUGCCUGUGGCAACAAAACAUUUCCCAGUCGCUUACUGCAAAACCAAAGAAGAAAAAUUCCUUCUCUCUUGUUAUUGUUUUGAACUGAACUUCAUGUUCAGGAAUAAAGUGAACAAAUCUGAUAAAGGCACCCAGGGGAAUUAAUUCCCCUGAAAGCCUUGGUAUGCCAGUGAGAGACAAACUUGCAGUUCGAUUUUAUUUACAAAUUAACAAGACAAACACAGUCUAUUCAUGAGAAAAUAUAGUUUAGAGUUAGUUUAUUUGUGUGAGAAAAAUUUUGUUUCUAUGAAUCGUUGUUCUGGACAAGACUUUCAGAAAAAUAGGUGCCUUGGACUCCUAUCAGCUGAACAAAAUUUCAGCUUUUCAAAUAAAACUACACACUUCAAAUAGUACAUUUAUUCAAAUAGAAUUAUACACAAGUAGGGCCUGGUUUAUUAAUUCUCUAAGGUAAUUUCAGCAGAGAGCUAUCCAUUGUGUCCUUAUCAUUCAAUAGCACUUUAAUAUAGCUUUUUUGAAGUGUUAUUUCUCAGAAGACAUAAUGAUGUUGUAAGCUUCCAAUACAAAGAGGACAACUUAAAGUACAAUUCUGGAGAACUGAGUGUGACCACUAAAAAAAAAACUUUUCAUGUCCACUAAAAGCAGUUUUCUUACAUCCUCAAAUCCCCUCACACCUAUAAGACAAAAUCAGACUAUUGAACUGUCACACAUAGUCCGAUGAGUGACCAUUAACCACCAAAUAAUUCUGCAUAACCCAUCUGGAGU